CUUGGUCUGCACGUGCAAUUGCGAGUGUCUCUUCUCUAGCAUCUCGCUUUUUCUGACAAUUACUUAUUCCAUCGUCAACAUCGUCUUACGAUGUGUGAAAAGUCUUCACCGCCGUCUUCAACUGUUAGCAAACACAUGACAUUUGCAGAUGAAGACGAGAGCGUGCGCAUAGCCGUGAGCGCGCUGGGCGAUAUGAGGAAUGGAGCCAGAGCUUCUGGAAGCAAUAGCAAUGCCCAAAUUCCCGCAUCAGCUUCGAGCGCGCUAUCGACCCCAUCCCCUUCUCUGCCGCCGGAUACGACCUCUCCAGAUUUUGUAGCCAGAGUAUCAAAUUUUCCACUUUUCAACACUGCUCUGCGAGCAUAUGAACAUGGUAAAGCCAGUUCUCGCGUUGUCAAGUAUGGUGCUGAGAUGAUGGAGUCAUCAGUUAAGACCAUAUCCCGUCCUGUAAUCGAUAGGCUACCCGUUGAUGUCAAUCAAUUGGACGAGUUUGCCUGUAGGCAACUCGACAAACUCGGUAGAUAUGGUCCAUCGUCAAAUACUGACCUCGAACGGAUGCAAGUCGAUGAGACAUCUAGAGAGCGAAUACUAGGGGAAGAGCAGACUAGUCGGGAUUUUAUCAGCUCACGGCAAGCACACCAAAGCACGGACCCACAACCAUCCCGUAGUCCAUCCCCUGUCCAUACAUAUUCGAACGAUAACAAAACACCACCCCCACAAAAUCAAAUUACCACACCUGCUGACCUUCAAGGUCAGCAAGCAGUGGUGCAGAGGAGCCGCUGGCAAGCUGUCCUCCUAGAGGCAGGAGGCAUCAGUGCUGCCGUAAGCGAAGAAAGUAUGCGGCGUCUCAAAUACUGUCUUCAAUGGCUCCAGUACGCCACACUGCAUAUUGAUGCCCAGAUCCUCAUUCUCAGGGAUUUCAUCGAAUCCUUACAUCCAUCGGACUCUUCAUCUGGCACCGAUAUUCUUAUCUCGCCUACACAUAUGCGGACGCUAACCGACGUUCGUCGUGAUAUUGUGCAAACCAUUCGCCAAGUGGUUGAUAUUGUAAGCAAAUAUGCCGGCAGUGCUCUCCCGGAGCCCGCUCGGUCACGUGUCAGGGGCUUCAUCUUGCAUCUACCUCAGCGCUGGGCAACUGCCAGUGUUAAUUCAGCUCCUGGUAUUGCAGACGGUGCCCCAGGCGCUAGUUCAGCAGUUGGUGCUGCUGCUGGCGGUGCUGGAUCUAUGAGACGUGCACGGACCACCAGACAUAAGGAACGCAGUGCUGGUGGCCCUGACCGCUCUCAAGCAUGUACACCUACAUCCUCUCGAGCAUCAUCCCCUAUGGGCUCUGUACGUGUAGGCUUACGUCCGACGACCAGUGCUGCCACACAGGCUGCGCAGCGUGUUCUGGCACUUGCUACAGAAAGUCUAGACAUGAUGCGCGGUGUUACCGGCGUCGUUAAGGACAGUCUGGACCGUGCUGAUGCAUGGGUCGAGCGUCUGCGCGUUGUUGGCUUACAGCGCCAGCAAUCUCAUGAUGAUUCAGAUCCCUUUGAUCCUGCCUCAUCACUAUUCGCACAACACCAAAGGCAGACCUCUAUUCCAGGUCUUUCAUCCACUUCCUCGACACCAUUUUCUUCUAUACCCUCUACGCCUGCGGCCAGCUAUUCUACACCAGCCACGCCCGCUGCUUAUUCCUCUUCUGAUGCCCUUGGAAUGGGUCUCCGGUUGGGCGAGGCGAGCGCUCGAACGUCAUUGAGUGAGCUCCAACUCGAUGGAGAAACAUACGAAACAGCGCGUAGUGCACCGAGAGACUUAUGCGAGGGAGAGCCGCAACGACGGAAGCCCGAUCGCAUAUGGGAGAGGCAGAGCCCCGAUAAUGCUAUACCAAGCAGAGAUGGAAUGAUAGUGGACGGUGUAUGAAGAUCAGUAUGGUGGUACAUCUUUUCUCUUAUUCCCCUAUCCUUUCUAUAUCCAUGAACUUUACAUGAAGCUCCUUUAUUUAGUUACGCGCUUGCGUGCUGGCAGGAUCUCUAAUCGUCUUGUAUACGUGAUGUACUAGUACUUGAUAUUACUCAUCCUAAUUUAUUGACUAACUGAACCGGC